CAUGUGUAAAAUUUAAUUUGUAUUAGUUUUUGCGUUUUCUGAGGCGACCAUUAAAAAAAAGCAACAUUUAAAAAUACAACCGAGUGAGCAUCUUCGUUUUUCCGUCGUCUCUGACAGCAGCUUCAGGACGGAGGGAGGGAGGAGGGCGAGCUCGGAGCCUUCAGUUCUUCCUCCGUGACUGGGCGGACCGGGCGGACGGUGUUUAGGGAACCGAAGCUACCGGGGAGCCGGGAGGGGGGAAGCGGCGGGCGGACCACCAGGAGCACCGGGCGCUGCCGCUGCUGUGACCCCGCGCGGCUCGACAUGGAGCUGGAGAACAUCGUGGCCAACACGGUGCUGCUGAAAGCACGGGAAGGCGGCGGUGGKAACAGAAAAGGAAAGAGUAAGAAGUGGAAGCAGAUGCUUCGGUUUCCUCACAUCAGUUUGUGUGAGGAGCUGCGACAGACCACAGAUAAGGACUACAGCAGCCUGUGUGAACGGCAGCCCAUCGGUCGGUUACUCUUCAGGCAGUUCUGCGAGACCCGACCCGAGCUGAAACGCUGCGUGAAGUUCCUGGACGCCGUGGUGGAUUACGAAGUGACUCCUGAUGAGAAGAGGAAGGACUGCGGCCAGGAGCUCGUCAAUAAAUACCUCAACCCAACGUCGGAGGACUACGUGUCGGAGGUGGAGGAGGCCAUGAUGGCUCAGUGUGCAGAGAGGCUGCAGCACGAGGCCUGCAAGGAGCUCUUCAAGGACUGCACCAAAUUGAUCCACGACUACCUGAGCGUGGCGCCGUUCGCGGACUACCUCGACAGCAUGUUCUUCAACCGGUUCCUGCAGUGGAAGUGGCUGGAGAGGUGUGUGCGUGUCAGGUACGAGCCACGGGGAAGAUGUACGCCUGCAAGAAGCUGGAGAAGAAGCGGAUAAAGAAAAGGAAAGGAGAGGCCAUGGCUCUGAACGAGAAACAGAUCCUGGAGAAAGUCAACAGUCGAUUUGUUGUCAGUCUGGCGUACGCCUACGAGACGAAGGACACCCUGUGCCUCGUGCUGACCCUCAUGAACGGCGGCGACCUGAAGUUCCACAUCUACCACAUGGGCGAGGCGGGCUUCGAGGAGAAGAGGGCGGUUUUCUACGCCGCGGAGAUCUGCUGCGGCCUGGARGACCUGCACAGGGAACGCAUCGUCUACAGGGACCUGAAGCCGGAAAACAUCCUGCUGGACGACCACGGUCACAUCAGGAUAUCGGACCUGGGUUUGGCCGUUUACGUCCCGGAGGAAGAGACCAUAAAGGGCCGAGUGGGAACUGUGGGCUACAUGGCUCCGGAGGUGGUGACCAACGAGCGCUACACCUUCAGCCCCGACUGGUGGGCGCUGGGCUGCCUGCUGUACGAGAUGAUCGAGGGCCAGUCGCCAUUCCAGCAGAGGAAGAAGAAGAUCAAGAGGGAGGAAGUGGAGCGGCUGGUCCGGGAGGUGGAGGAGGAAUACUCCGACAAGUUCUCCGAGGACGCCAAGUCCAUCUGUAAAAUGCUGCUGGUCAAAAACCCCGCGGAGCGGCUGGGCUGCAUGGGGGGCGGAGCCACCGAGGUCAAAAGUCAUCACAUCUUCCGUUCCGUAAAUUUCAAACGCCUGGAGGCGGGCAUGCUGCAGCCGCCCUUCGUCCCCGAUCCUCAGGCCGUCUACUGUAAAGACGUUCUGGACAUCGAGCAGUUCUCCACCGUCAAAGGUGUGGAGCUGGACCCGAAAGACGAGUCUUUCUACAGUAAGGUGUCCACGGGCUGCGUCUCCAUUCCCUGGCAGAAUGAGAUGAUCGAGACGGAGUGUUUCAACGAGCUGAACGUGUUCUACGAGGACGGUGCUGUUUCUCCGGACCUGGACUGGAGGGGUCAGCCGUCCCCUCCGCCCAAACAGGGUCUGCUGCAGCGGCUCUUCGGCAGGCAGGACUGCUGUGGGAACUGCAGCGACAGCGACGAGGAACCCACCCGGCUGUGAAACCCUCGCAACCCGAACACGAGCCCCGCCCCCCCGUUUACAACUUUUGCACAUUUGUAUUUUUUUAGGUCGUACUCUCUUCUAAAUGUCAGAAUGUAUAUUUUCAGCAUCUAGCCAUAAUUGUUAUUUAAACGUGUGAAAUAUUCGCUUCAACCCGGGAACACAGAUUUGUUUUUGCUUUUAUUUUCUUAUUCAGGGAUGCUUUUAGUUUUCAUUCGUGUAGAAACUGAACUGCUGAGCGGCUCCGCGGGAACAAGUGCCUGUCUGCACACCUGCCUGCUGUAAAAGUGCCUUGCUUGUGAGCGCCGUGGCAAUGGGUACUGAAUAUUUCUGUCUUCAUGUUUCCUCAUGUCGUGCCGAGGAAACCAAUGAACUGUGACCACUUCAACCGCUGUGACCAACAAAGACUGUUUUUGAAGCUUCAACGUUUUGUUUCUCUGAUUUUAAUCUUAGAGUUGUAAAGUCUGCUUCUGCAGGUUGUUUAUAAUCAUGUUUUUGUUUUUUGAUGAAUUUCUUGAGACAAUCAGCUCUGUGUGUCGRAUGUGACUGAAAACGUUGGGUCAAAGCGUUGUAUUGACCCACACUGUGCCUUCUUCCUUCCAAACACAGUUUAUUCAGACAGAAACCUCAUUCCUAGUCCCCAUGAAUCACAGGAAAUCAGUAACUUUACGGCUGAUGUUGUCAAAGUUUGGGUUAUGAAAGACCAAGCUGGAGGUCUCAAAAUUCAUUUGAAAGGAUGUCUGACAGCAUAUUUAUGCUCUCAUUGUUACAGAAGAUUAAACAAAAAUCAAAAAUGUAUAAAAAUGGUUAAUUAUU